AUGCCCAAGUAUCAAUACCCAGGCCUCGGCCUUGACCUCCGGUUCCAUGACCAGAAUGAAGGAAGGGAAGAGUGGUAUCCCGUGGGAAUCCACACCAAUUGCUGGGGCUCCGAAUCCGAAAUGCUCCUCGUCCGAGAAGUGGCCAUGAUGAUCGUCAUGGACCGAUUGACCGACAAGCCAGACUGGCAUAUCAAGGUCUUUGACGACACCAUCACUGAGAAGUGGAUCGAGGAAGGCCUCGCAAUACCGGUUCGGCCACUGUACAACGAAAUCGCUAGAGACGGGAAACCUAUCGAAGAGUCGGAUGAUCCCGCUGGGUCCCCUACCAUUGCUUCCAGGGAUCGUUUCUUUGCCGUGGUGCUUGACACUAUUCUUGAUAAGGGAUGUCUUGAAUAUUGCAUUAAAGAGCUGCGCGCCAAGGCAGAAUUCUUCCGGAAGUCGGGCCUGAUUCCUACGCUGGAUGCUUCGUCUACCGUUGUCAAGUCUGAUAGCCUCAUCGACAGCUCGCUGCACGACUCCCUUCACGCCGCAUUUGUCAAGCUCAUAGAGGAGCAAAAAGAUAACCCCGACUGGCAUCCCCUCACGAAGGGGAAGGUGCUGGAUCUUGUUCACCCUUCUCUCUACCCUCUCGUCUACGGCAGAACACGGGUCUUUGAAGAUGAGGUUGUUGGUGUCGAGGAUGCUAUUGAUAAGUGGGCAGGCAAGGGAGAAGUUAUCCCUGAACAGGGAUCUGAUGGGCAGUCACCUCAAAACUGGCGGGAUUGGUGGGAAACAGACGGAACAGGCAACACCAGUGUCGGUGGCAGCCAUGUCAAUAGCUACUUCUGGUCAGCCAAGUACCAGUGGCUGCCUUCCAACGUUGAGCUUCGAGAAGAUGGGAGUGUCAGGUUCACGAGCUACAUCAACAACCUGCACCCCGUCAAGCAUCGCGACGUAUACAGAACUAUUGAGAAGGUUAUUGAAAGGGCCCUUCCAGCAUGGGACUUUUGCCUCAAGCUUCAUCUUCGUCGUCACCGCCCAUCAUUCAAAGGGGCUGGUAGAACUGAGCCUCGCUUCCCGCUCCCAGAGGAUCCCGACGACGAUAAUGAGGAUAACUGGUCGCCUCCUCUCAGGGACAUCCCGACUCCUCCACCGCGUCCCAAGCCUGAAGAAGCUGAAGUCGAGGAGUCAGCCUCGAACCCUGCGUCAUCCGACGAGUCAGAUUCAGACGAUCCAGAUGAAUACAUCACAGAAAGGGACGAGAAGGGCAUAUGCUGGUACGGAACACGCAGACAUAUCGCAUGGCAGAAGGUCCGGAAGCCCGCUCAGCCAGAAGCUCCUGAAUUCAAGGCGUGGAAGUACGGGAUCGAGCCUGGUAAUUCCUUACGUGAGCGAUUCAAUGAUCUGCAGAUCAUUGUUAAGAUGGCCUCUAUCGAGCUCACUCCCGAGAAGCCCGAUUUCCCCCCCGGCGGCUGGCACGUUGAGGGCCUGAUGAACGAGCAUAUUGUCGCUACAGCCCUGUACUAUCUGGACUCGGAGAACGUCACGCCCAGCUUCCUUCAGUUCCGCAUGCAAACUUCCGCCUAUACGGACGAGAACUUUGAAGUUAGCCAAGGCAAUUUUAGGUGGAUGGAACAAGUCUACGGCACCAGGCUCGGGGGCGGCGGCGGCAGCGUGUGCCUCCAGAAUUAUGGCAGUGUCGAGACCAAGCAGGGCAGACUGCUCGCCUUUCCCAACGUCUUCCACCACCGAGUCUCGCCCUUUGAACUCAAAGACAAGACAAAGCCUGGCCACCGCCGAUUCAUUGCUCUGUGGCUUGUGGAUCCUCUCACGCGCGUCAUCAACACCGGAAACGUGCCCCCCCAGCAGCAGAGUUGGUGGAUGGAGAGCGCAUUCGGCAAUCUGGGCAGUGACAACGCUGAAAACGUACCACAGGCGCUUGCGGAGCUCGUCCUCGAAAAGACGCCCAGCCACCCGGGACUGGAGGAGGCCGCCAAGAGGGGGGAGCCGCUUCCGGCGGAGCUGAUGGAAAUGGUUCGGGAUAUGUUUGGAGAUUCGGUGCCUAUGUCCCUGGAGGAGGCCAAGGAACAUCGGUUGAAGCUGAUGGAGGCUCGGAGUGCCUUCCAGAAAGUGGCGCGCAGCGAGUGGCAAAAUGUUGGAUAUAGUUUCUGCGAGCAUUGA